AUGAGGCGGAAGGAGAAGAGGCUGCUGCAGUUCGCUGGACUGCUCAUAGCGGCUCUUCUUUUCCUCCCAAACGUCGGGCUGUGGUCUUUGUACCGGGACCGAGUGUUCGACAACUCGCCCGACACAGUGGAAGGUCCGGGCGGCAUCCCCCAGAUACAGGCGGUUAAUCGGGCGGGGAAGGAUGCUCAGGUGAUACGUGAUGGCGUGCAGAGGAUAGACUGGCAUAACUAUGAAGCAAUCAAAAUAGAUUUAUCUCGAUCUGGUAAUGGUGAACAGGGGAAAGCGUUCCCUCUCACGGACGCUGACAGGGUCGACCAGGCCUACAGGGAGAACGGCUUCAACAUUUAUGUCAGCGACCGGAUCUCCCUCAACCGCUCCGUCCCUGACAUCCGCAAUCCAAACUGUAUAAAGAAGCUGUAUGCAGACAAGCUGCCCAACACCAGCGUCAUCAUCCCGUUUCAUAACGAAGGCUGGUCGUCGCUGCUGAGGACCGUUCACAGCGUGCUCAACCGCUCUCCUCCACAGCUCAUCGCAGAGAUCAUCCUGGUCGACGAUUUUAGCGACAAAGAGCACCUCAAGGAACCACUAGAAAAGUACAUGGUGCGGUUGCCAAAGGUUCGCAUCCUGAGGACCAAGAAGAGGGAGGGGCUGAUCAGGACUCGCCUGCUGGGAGCCGGAGCUGCUAAAGGAGAAGUCAUCACCUUCCUGGACUCUCACUGUGAGGCCAACGUCAACUGGCUACCUCCAUUGCUGGAUCGAAUCGCAGAUAACAGAAAGACCAUCGUGUGUCCGAUGAUCGACGUGAUCGACCACGACAACUUUGGCUAUGAGACGCAGGCAGGGGACGCCAUGCGAGGGGCGUUUGACUGGGAAAUGUACUAUAAACGGAUACCCAUCCCUAAUGAGCUGCAGAAAAAUGACCCCAGUGAGCCCUUUGAGUCACCAGUGAUGGCAGGUGGGCUCUUUGCUGUGGACAGGAAGUGGUUCUGGGAGCUUGGAGGGUACGACACAGGUCUGGAGAUCUGGGGAGGAGAACAGUACGAGAUCUCCUUCAAGGUGUGGAUGUGUGGUGGCCGGAUGGAGGACAUUCCUUGCUCGAGGGUAGGACACAUCUACAGGAAGUACGUCCCCUACAAAGUUCCUGGUGGGGUCAGCCUGGCCAGGAAUCUGAAGCGUGUGGCCGAGGUGUGGAUGGACGAGUACGCCGAAUACAUCUACCAGCGCCGGCCUGAGUACCGUCACCUGUCAGCAGGAGACAUGUCGGCCCAGAAGGAGCUGAGGAUCCGCCUCAACUGCAUGAACUUCAAGUGGUUCAUGAACAAGGUGGCCUGGGAUCUGCCCAAACACUACCCACCAGUGGAGCCCCCUGCUGGAGCAUGGGGAGAGGUGCGUAACGUGGGAAGUGGCAUGUGUCUGGAGAGUAAACACGUUGUAUCCGGGAGUCCCAUCCGCCUGGAGAGCUGCGUGAAGGGGCGGGGCGACGUCAGCUGGAGCCAUGGACAGGUGUUCACAUUCGGAUGGAGAGAGGACAUCCGGGUGGGCGACCCCAUGCACACGAAGAAAGUCUGUUUCGAUGCCGUUUCACACAACAGCCCCGUCACCCUGUACGACUGUCACGGCAUGAAGGGCAACCAGCUGUGGCGCUACAGAAAGGAUACGAGUCUGUAUCACACGGUCAGUAACAGUUGUAUCGACUGCAGCCCCAACGAGCGGCGAAUCUUCAUGAACACGUGCGACCCCUCCGCCCCCACGCAGCAGUGGAUUUUUGAGAAGACCAACUCCACCGUGUUGGAACAAUUCAACCGGGGCGGCAACUGAGGCCCUGCAGCAUCCACGAACUCCUGACGCACACAGACGUGGAUCUGCUGCUGCUGCUGCUGGGAAAUGGGGUUUUACAUUCAUUUGGUUCCUGAAGGUGGCAGCUGUUUCUCUUAGGGUCACUCAGACUGAGGCAUGAUGGGACACCGUGAGGGAAGUUGUUUAAACACAUCAGUCAGAGGGAAGACUGAGUUGAGCUUUGAUAGAUGGAUGUGUGUUUAAAAGUGAUUUAGUGUGAGAUGUAUUUGCUCUGUCACGGUGUUGCUGUGGCGGUUGGUAUGUCUCACUUCCUGAUUUGGCUGGUGAUUGGUUAUCUUUCCUCCCUUUUCUUCAUUCCCUUUUGUUUUAAAAUGUUCUCUGCCUUUAUCCGUUGCCUUUAUGUUCCCUUGCACAGUUUUGUAUUCUCAAUUUUCCCUGUCUAUCCACCUUUAUCCGCUGACUCCAUCUCUUUCUCCUUCUGUCUCUUCUGGUCCGCCUCCGCCUGCACGUCCGUCUCUAUCUGCCUGCAUGACUGCACCUUUUCCAUUCUUCCCUCUCAAAUCCCCUUAUGUCUCUCCAGCUCUGACAACCUCCCUGGGGGGGGGGGAGGUGGCUGCUCCAGCUGAGCCAAAGUCAUCCUGACACCUGGGUGAAGCCAGGCAGAACCACUCUGAAAAUCACCUGGUGAAUUGAUUCUCUUUUACAACCCUCAUCCACCUUCUGUUCCCUCCUUCAUCCUCCCCUCGUGUCCCCUGCUCCCCUCCCCCCCACCAACUCUCUGUGGCCACUGUGGGGCCCGAGCUGCUCUGAAUGUAGCAGGUGGAAAUAGAAAAAGAAAGUAGAACAGCGAUCUCUUUAAUGCCCCUUAUGCCUUUUUUUUCCUCUGUUCUGAACUUUGCUGGAGUAUUUAUUGAUGACUCGUCCGCGGGUUUGUCACUGUGCCACUUCUUCUUUUAUUCCUCGGAUGCGAGCACUAUCCAAUCCCGGGGGUUUGUUCAAGCCAACUCUUGCUGGCUAAGGGUUUGUUUGUUGUGAGGGGGGUGGUAGUGGAUGCUGUCACACCUCUUAGAGUCCCCCCCCCCCCUGCUUCCUGUUCGCCCUUUGCUGCUCCCCCGCACGACUCAUGCUGAUCAGUCGCCGGAACGACCCCGUCACAUUCUGCCGAGCGCAGGGUCGCGGCGCGGCGCAAAAGCAGCGGGUGGGACUGCAAAUGGACGCCUGCCUGGCUGGAUGACUGGCUCUGUGACUGUCAGGCCAGCUGAUUCACAGCAGGGCCGCACGAUUGGCUGGCUGCCGAGCUGACACAUCACUUUAGCGUUCAGGGAGACGAAUAGGAGAAUCACUCUGGAUAGGCUCGCUGAGGUAGCUCUGGGAUUGAGACGAAUGGGGGGUUUAAAAUGCAUUAAGCACUUGUGUAAUGAUAAACUUGAAUGAAAUCUUCGUGCCUUGUUGGAAGAGGAUUAGAUAGGUGUGUGUAUUUUCUGAAAAAGUGUGUGUGUACGUGUGUGUGUGGGCCAAAGAUGUCUACAUCAGCAUAGGAAACAAUUCAAUCUAUUCAGGAUAUGACUUUUCUUGAAAUCUAAGAAUCUUUACAUCAAAAAACUUCUCCUGAAUCUCUGGUUAUCUGGUGCUGGACAUUGAGGGUGCCUCUGGCUUUGUGAGCCUUAUAUGGCUCUCUCAAUGAACACACAUGUAACUUCUGGCUGUGAAUAGAGCUAAAGAGACUUAGUUUCCCACCACAUUUUCCUCCUGCCUUGAAACUAUUAGCCCUAAGAAGACCCGUUUAAUCACUACACGAUGCUGUUUUGUUGUUUUCCCACCUGUUCAAUCCAAAGUACUUUUAUGGGAAAGGGAAUUGUUGUUUACUACAUUGUUUUUACCCUAUUGUUUUUCUUUCUGUUUUAAUUAAAUGUUAUGUUAUCAUUUAAAUGAUUUAGCUGAUUAGUUUCCUGCUCAACGUGAUUUCCUGGCAUUUCCUGGUCUGUCGCCUGCACCCAUUCUCUAAUCUGGUUUUGUGAAAAAGAACAAUGUACAGUAUGCGUCAUUAUCAGGUAUUGUGCUUGAUAAGAUGUCAACAGUCCAAAACAACAGGUCCUAUACUCCACAUACCUUAGAAAAGGUACUUUUAAGUCACAAAUUAGGCUAACUCGGACAGAAUUGUUUGCUAAAAUGACAGGCAUCUGUUCAGGUUAGAACACUUUUAAGAUAACAUAAUACAAUAUUUACUAUAGACAAGUAUAUAUAAAUAGUAAAUGCAUAUAUUUUAAAGACUAAUUGUAGACUUGGCAGCCCAUGCAUCAUGUAUGUCUUCAAUUGUGAUUUGGCCAACAAUUGACAACUUAUAACAUUAUCUUUGUUGAAAAUCCAACACUAAUCCUUUUAUUCAAUAUGGCAAACUGUCUUUCUCUGAGAAAAAGAUCCUGCCUUUGCACACCUGAUAGAAGACCAUGGCGAUUUAAAUUUAGUUCAGGGUUCCUGUGUCCUUUUUCCCCUGACCUUCUCGCUACAUGCCUGGACAACUUGUACAUUGUCAGAUUGUUAAGAGGGGAGUGGGAGUUGCUGCUGCAGACCACUGAGUCUCUGAUGUAGCCAGGAUUUCACUACAGGACCAAACAGGACAGAAGCGAAAACCCACCUGACCUUUUACAGCCUGAUUUAUUUCAUGUUUCCUACUGUUUUUCUUUGAAGGUUUUAAAACACUGUUUUCUGGGUGAUGUGUCAAAGUCCUGUUCGGAUCAGUAGUGCAAUCAGGGCUGUUCAAUCAUAGGACUUUAUUGUGAAGGACUGUUGUGACUGUUUAAUACAAACACUGUACUUGAGCACACACUUGUGUUGAGGGCUGAAUACACGUAGCAACAUUGUGGGCUGUAAUGAUACACUGUAUUUGUAUUGUACUACUAAAGUACCUUAUAUCUUAGAAGUGUCUCCUUUGUUUUACAAAAUAACUUGAUUCCUUUCGGUUAAACAUUAGAUAAAAAGGUGGAUUCUUAAACAUACCAUACAAAGAAGAUGAUGAUGUUCUAGGUAGUGAUUUGAAAUCCCUGCUAGUUCUUCAGUACCUUUUCCAGAAAUAAGAAACUUUGCCAAUUAUAUUGAGAGAAACUUAACUGAGCAAUUGAGCCUCUUUUUAGCUGGGUUUUUAGCUGUUUUUGUUGUUGUGUCCCAAUUAGUGUAACCAUUCAUUUGAGCUUUAAAAAAUAAACAAUUGUUUUACAUUUUACCACAGAAAUUGACUUAAAGGGGACCUAUCAUGCAAAAUGCACUUUUGUACGUCUUUUAUACAUGAAUAUGUGUCCCCGGUGUUCCAGGGAACUC